CCUCUCUACACGUGUUCUGUCAGCCUCCCUACACGUGUUCUGUCAGCCCCAACCAAUGUUCUGUCAGCCUCUCUACACGUGUUCUGUCAGCCUCUCUACACGUGUUCUGUCAGCCUCUCUACACGUGUUCUGUCAGCCUCUCUACACGUGUUCUGUCAGCCUCUCUACACGUGUUCUGUCAGCCUCCCUACACGUGUUCUGUCAGCCUCUCUACACGUGUUCUGUCAGCCUCUCUACACGUGUUCUGUCAGCCUCUCUACACGUGUCCUGUCAGCCCCAACCAGUGUCCUGUCAGCCUUUCUCCACGUGUUCUGUCAGCCCCAACCAGUGUUCUGUCAGCCUCUCUACACGUGUUCUGUCAGCCUCUCUACACGUGUUCUGUCAGCCUCUCUACACGUUUUCUGUCAGCCCCAACCAAUGUUCUGUCAGCCUCUCUACACGUGUUCUGUCAGCCUCUCUACACGUGUUCUGUCAGCCUCUCUACACGUGUUCUGUCAGCCUCUCUACACGUGUUCUGUCAGCCUCUCUACACGUGUUCUGUCAGCCUCUCUACACGUUUUCUGUCAGCCCCAACCAAUGUUCUGUCAGCCUCUCUACACGUGUUCUGUCAGCCUCUCUACACGUGUUCUGUCAGCCUCUCUACACGUGUCCUGUCAGCCCCAACCAGUGUCCUGUCAGCCUUUCUCCACGUGUUCUGUCAGCCCCAACCAGUGUUCUGUCAGCCUCUCUACACGUGUUCUGUCAGCCUCUCUACACGUGUUCUGUCAGCCUCUCUACACGUGUUCUGUCAGCCUCUCUACACGUGUUCUGUCAGCCUCCCUACACGUGUUCUGUCAGCCUCUCUACACGUGUUCUGUCAGCCCCAACCAAUGUUCUGUCAGCCUCUCUACACGUGUUCUGUCAGCCUCCCUACACGUGUUCUGUCAGCCUCUCUACACGUGUUCUGUCAGCCCCAACCAAUGUUCUGUCAGCCUCUCUACACGUGUUCUGUCAGCCUCUCUACACGUGUUCUGUCAGCCCCAACCAGUGUCCUGUCAGCCUCUCUACACGUGUUCUGUCAGCCUCCCUACACGUGUUCUGUCAGCCUCUCUACACGUGUUCUGUCAGCCCCAACCAAUGUUCUGUCAGCCUCUCUACACGUGUUCUGUCAGCCCCAACCAGUGUCCUGUCAGCCUCUCUACACGUGUUCUGUCAGCCCCAACCAGUGUUCUGUCAGCCUCUCUACACGUGUUCUGUCAGCCUCUCUACACGUGUUCUGUCAGCCUCUCUACACGUGUUCUGUCAGCCCCAACCAGUGUCCUGUCAGCCUCUCUCCACGUGUUCUGUCAGCCUCUCUACACGUGUUCUGUCAGCCUCCCUACACGUGUUCUGUCAGCCUCUCUACACGUGUUCUGUCAGCCUCUCUACACGUGUUCUGUCAGCCUCUCUACACGUGUUCUGUCAGCCUCUCUACACGUGUUCUGUCAGCCUCUCUACACGUGUCCUGUCAGCCCCAACCAGUGUCCUGUCAGCCUUUCUCCACGUGUUCUGUCAGCCUCCCUACACGUGUUCUGUCAGCCUCUCUACACGUGUUCUGUCAGCCUCUCUACACGUGUUCUGUCAGCCUCUCUACACGUGUCCUGUCAGCCUCUCUACACGUGUUCUGUCAGCCUCUCUACACGUGUUCUGUCAGCCUCUCUACACGUGUCCUGUCAGCCUCUCUACACGUGUUCUGUCAGCCUCUCUACACGUGUUCUGUCAGCCCCAACCAAUGUUCUGUCAGCCUUUCUCCACGUGUUCUGUCAGCCUCCCUACACGUGUUCUGUCAGCCUCUCUACACGUGUUCUGUCAGCCUCUCUACACGUGUCCUGUCAGCCUCUCUACACGUGUUCUGUCAGCCUCUCUACACGUGUUCUGUCAGCCUCUCUACACGUGUCCUGUCAGCCUCUCUACACGUGUUCUGUCAGCCUCUCUACACGUGUUCUGUCAGCCCCAACCAAUGUCCUGUCAGCCUUUCUCCACGUGUUCUGUCAGCCUCCCUACACGUGUUCUGUCAGCCUCUCUACACGUGUUCUGUCAGCCUCUCUACACGUGUUCUGUCAGCCUCUCUACACGUGUCCUGUCAGCCUCUCUACACGUGUUCUGUCAGCCUCUCUACACGUGUUCUGUCAGCCCCAACCAAUGUUCUGUCAGCCUCUCUACACGUGUUCUGUUCACUGAUUGAGGACCUAGUUUCCCAUGCAGCAUAUAAUGGCCACUGAUUCUUUUUCCCAGUUUAACCUCUAAGAACGUUAAAUGUCAGUGUGUAUCAAUGUAUAUCUAAUGUCAGUGUGUAUCAAUGUAUAUCUAAUGUCAGUGCAUAUCCAAACACACUUCCGUGGAACGCUUGGCGGGAAGGGCGCUUCAAACAGCAAUACUUUACGAAGCAAAUAUAUACACGACUACAUACAAUUAAUAUUAUUGAUUCUAUUAAUUUUACCGCCUACCGCUGUAUUCCGCACUACUCAGCUGUAAACAUGCCGCGUGCUGCAGGAAUAGCAUUCCUGCGUUAUAAUUACUUCACACCUCGUACCCACGGCAAUAAAUAAAUUAUAUCUCGCCUAGAUGACAUAUAUCACAAUGACCUAUAAAAGUCAGAUGGUGCAGUUUCCACAUAUAUGGACAACUCCCUAAAAGCUGAAUAAUGUAAUAAAUUAUGCUGAUAAAAAUUGAUUUGGGAGGUAUUAGUCAUGCUGUAUGUUAUCUCGUGGCGCGACCACUGCAGUGGGGUCGUUUAGUGCAUUGUAUGACGCAUGUCCCGCUGCCUUGUUCAGUCCACGUGGGUUUAUAGCCGGGACAGGCUGUGAUCUCGGCACUGCACUAAACUGAACUUUUCUCCUAUAUGAAAAUUCCUUCCGUUAAAAGCUUUUGAUGUUGAAUUUGCGUCAGAACGCGGGUUAAAACUAAACAGUGGUGUGAUGUUGACGGUAUCACUGUUAUACCACUGCCAGGGUUAUGAAUAGACUAACACCUAGUCUCUGAAAUGAACAUAUUUUACACACAAAAAGCAGUUGUUAAAUUAUAGUUAUAAAAUAUGAUAGAAAGGAGCCAAGAGACUUCAUUUUCAGAAACUGCAGUAAUCUAGACUUGCCAAAUAUGAUCGACUUGCAUGGGCUGUAUUGGAUAUGUUAGUAGCAGGCUAUGUAUGACACACUAGGUCAUGUAGCAAGCAACAGCAUAUAUGGUCAACUCCGACACUUCCCGAGCAAGGAGUCAACUCGGUCACUGUGACACUAUAGUACCACGUAACAUAUUGAGUGAUUCUUUGACUUACUGCAAACAAUUAUUAUUAUUAUAGAAAUAACAUGUAAUACAAGAACGUGAAUCCGUCUUACUGUUUUGUGUAAACACGCUGCAUUUGAAUAAUAGACAUCACUUUGUUUUUCGUUAAUAACGGCAUUUUACUCCCUCAUCAAGCUGCACGCCGUGAUACUGUUCAAACCGGCGUUAACUAUACGCACUCACCCAAUCAGUGUUGCUAAUUUAGGUCUCAAAUAGGUGAGUGCCAAAUAGAAUCAAUAGGAGUUAUGUCGCCUUUACCUUAUUUUCCUGAAUUAUUAAUUUUGUAUUUUAAAAUAUAUAAUCUAUUUUUCAUAGAAUAAAGCAGGUAUUGUCCGUACUGUUUUAGUGAGAGUGCAGUACUGGAUAAUGUGUUUCGCUUGUCAUAACACCCUUACAUUCAAAGGAGAAUAUUGGUUUUAAAAACUAGAAUGACCUGUCUACUACCUGGAAAUGUUAAGAUGCCCCUUAAAAAGAAACGGUAAUGGCUUGGAAAAUGUCAAUGAGGAAACCGAAGAACAGAACUUCUUUAUGACUUAAAGAAAAUCGUGCGUGUAAUUUACUCAUAAUGGAACUUCUCAAAUUAUGCCCCAGUAAUGGGGAAACGCUGGCAUCGGGUUCCACAGCUCGGGGGGAGUGGUUUGUUUUUGACAUUUCUCAUCGCUAGUCUGGCAAUUAAUGUGAUUCAGUGACGCAAGGACUUCUACGAUGAGUAAUGAACCAGAGAAGGUGAAUAAGUGAGCUGGGUUUCACGCCUCUAUUAGCAAUAUCCCAGCUAUAUCACUGGGGGCGGGAGGUGUGGUGUGUGCGUUCGUGCGUGCGUGCGUUCGUGUGUGUGUGUGUGUGUGUGAGGGGGGAGGGGGCGUCAUGUAGGUCUAACAUCUCCCGUCAGGCCGUGCCGUCAUGUAGGUCUAACACCCUUCCUUGGGCCUCUGCCGUCAUGCAGGUCUAUAACGUGGUAUCUUGGGCCUCUGCCGUCAUGUAGAUCUAACGUGGUCUCUUGGGCCUCUGCCGUCAUGUAGAUCUAACGUGGUCUCUUAGGCCUCUGCCGUCAUGUAGGUCUAACGUGGUCUCUUGGGCCUCUGCCGUCAUGUAGAUCUAACGUGGUCUCUUGGGCCUCUGCCGUCAUGUAGAUCUAACGUGGCCUCUUGGGCCUCUGCCGUCAUGUAGGCCUAACGUGGUUUCUUGGGCCUCUGUCGUCAUGUGGGUCUAACGUAGUCCCUUGGGCCUCUGCCGUCAUGCAGGUCUAACGUGGUUUCUUGGGCCUCUGCCGUCAUGCAGGUCUAACGUAGUCCCUUGGGCCUCUGCCGUCAUGCAGGUCUAACGUGGUUUCUUUGGCCUCUGCCGUCAUGUAGGUCUAACGUGGUUUCUUGGGCCUCUGCCGUCAUGUAGGUCUAACGUAGUCCCUUGGGCCUCUGCCUUCAUGCAGGUCUAACGUGGUUUCUUGGGCCUCUGCCGUCAUGUAGGUCUAACGUAGUCCCUUGGGCCUCUGCCGUCAUGCAGGUCUAACGUGGUUUCUUGGGCCUCUGCCGUCAUGCAGGUCUAACGUAGUCCCUUGGGCCUCUACCGUCAUGUAGGUCUAACGUGGUCCCUCGGGCCUCUGCCGUCAUGUAGGUCUAACGUGGUCUCUUCAUG